AUGUCUAGUACGGUUCCAAACAGUUCUGCACUCAGAGCUUUGGCCUUAGAAUAUAAAAGCCUUCAGGAGGAGCCCGUCGAAGGUUUUAGAGUGAAACUGUUAGGAGAGGAUAAUUUAUUCGAAUGGGAAGUUGCAAUUUUUGGACCACCAGACACUUUAUAUCAAGGCGGAUACUUCAAGGCACAUAUGAAGUUCCCUCCAGACUAUCCAUAUUCUCCACCUUCCAUUAGGUUCCUGACAAAAGUGUGGCAUCCAAAUGUAUAUGAGAACGGCGACCUGUGCAUAUCGAUCCUCCACCCGCCCGUCGACGACCCGCAGUCGGGCGAGCUGCCCUGCGAACGCUGGAACCCCACCCAGUCGGUGCGCACCGUUCUGCUCUCGGUGAUAUCGCUGCUCAACGAGCCGAACACAUUCAGCCCCGCGAACGUCGACGCGAGCGUGAUGUACCGCCGCUGGCGCGACUCCAAGGGCAAGGACAAGGAGUACGAGAACAUCAUCAGGAAACAGGCGCAGGUGGCGCGCAUGGAGGCGGAAAAGGAAGGCAUAGUUGUACCUCUAACGUUAGAAGAUUACUGCAUCAAGACUCAAGUAAAAUCGACCACACAGGAGCCGCAGUUGGACAUGACCGACUUCUACGACGACGACUACGACGACCUCGACUCGGACUCGGACGAGGAGAUCGAGGGCGGCGAGGGCGACGGCGACGACAGCGGCAACGGGGAGUCG